UGCCAUGUGAGAUUCUGAAUAUGUCGUUUCGAGAUGACUUGUAUUAUUUAUUAGAAAAGAUGAACUUCACAAUGCUUUCCGAUCUUCAAUUGCAAUCGCAUAAAUUGAAUAGACAUGUCAUUUUUGAAAUCUAUAAAAAAUGUCCGCGAUUAAAACGGCUUGCUUUAUGUGCAACGUCAUUGUUAAACUGUGAUAGCGUUCUCGGGAAAAUCGCCGUAAAUCUAAAUCAAUUGCGGGAACUAGCCUUAGAAUGCAGUACAAGAACUUCAUUUCUCCCGUUAAUGGCGUCUUUGAAUUAUUUGAAUAAUUUAACCACGUUGUCAAUACAUCGCUGCGAGAACAUAACAGAUGAAAGCAUAUCAUUUUUAAACAUUCCCUUUUUAACUCGACUUCAAAUAGUUCAAAAUAGAAAGAUAUCAAAGGUUGGUCUGAAUGAUCUAUUCUGUCAUUGUAUCCGUUUGAAAGAUUUAACGAUUCGAGAGUGCAUUGGUGUCGAUGAUGAUGCUGUAGAUACGAUAUGUACAUGUUUACCCUUGCUAGAGAAGUUGGACCUCAGUAGUUCGCCUACGAUAACGCUGAACAGCAUUAGAUAUAUAAUGAAUGGUUUGAAGUAUUUAAAGAGUUUACGACUUGAAGACUGUCAGCGCAUAUUGGUACAAUGGCGAUCGGCUCCAAGAUACUUAUGCAGUUUGUAUGCCCUAAAGUCUUUUUACCGCGCAUAUCCGGAAUUUUUCUAUUAUAAUCUCCCCAUUGAAGAAAAUGAUCGGUAUAGUGAUGACUAUUAUUAUUAUUACGAUAGCUCGAGUAGCUACGCUUCUACUGAUGGUGAAGAUGAAUUCGAAGAUUCAUCAAAACUUGGCAACUGAUUUCUAAUUAUAUUGGAGACGGUGAUAAGUGAAAAUCAAUUUUUGAUUUUACAUUCCAAAAUUCGUGAAAUAUUUAGAAAUUUAUAUGGCAUUUGAAUAUGAAAAUCAUGGUUUAAUGCUCGCAUUUUCGAGGGUUACGGGUUUAUCCGUAAACGUAAUAGGGGAACAACAAACGUGUUUGUAUGGCUCAUUUGUUACUCAUAUAAAGCAAUAAAUGAUCUCAAUUUCUAACGGAAAAAAUGCUUUACGAAACAUGAAACAAACCAAUAAAUUUAUUUAAACCGUGUUUUUUAUUUAAUUUCGCUCCUUCUAAUAGCUACGGUUGCAAAUAUGUAACAUGAUAUUUGAACAAAAUAGUUUUGUCUGAUAAAAAUGACAUAUCCAGAGCUACUGACUGCAUUUAUUUUGUUCAUCAAUCGAGUUCCG